CCAUUCCAUCCCCGCAUGGCCGGUGUCCCGGCGGCAGAGGCGGUGCCCGCGGUGCCCCCGCCCCCGGGCCGGUGCCUAGAUAAGCCGGGCCGCGGGGAGCGGCGCGCAGCGGGGAUGGAGACCGGCGGGUGCCGCAUGGGCGGCGCGGGGCCCGGCGGCCCGGCCGCGAUCACGCUGGAGGAGCUGGACGGGCUGGCCGAGGAGAGCCCCGACUCGGCGUACCACAGCCACGGCAGCAGCCUGGAGGAGGAGGCGGCCGAGCGCAUGGACGACGAGGAGCAGGAGCGGCUGCUGAGCUACUGGCAGAGCGUGGGCCGGGGGCACCAGGUGGACGUGCCCCGAGACAUGGCAGAGCCCAUCCAGCAGCUGACCAGGAAUAACAACCCCCAGGAGAGGCAGAGCAUCCCCUUCACCCUGAUCCAGCGCAAGGAGAAGCUGGGAGAUCUGCUCUAUGAGAAAAGGCAGUACGGCAAAGCCAAGUGGGCUUGCAUCAAAAUGAAAGAGAAGCAGUACGAGCAGAGCAUCUGCCUUGGCUUCAUGAAGCUCAUGAGGUACAUCUGUGAGCAGAACUCCUCAGGGCUGUACCUGGGCAUCACCGUGCCCAUCGUCACCAUCGUGCACACCAACGAGGCGCAGUCGGCGAUGACGCAGGCGGUGACAGUGGCCUAUUACCUGCCCGAGGUGCUGCAGGACGAGCCCCCGCACCCCUUCGACUCUGACAUCAUCAUCGAGGAGUGGCCUGCCACCAUUGUCUACAGCAGGAGCUUCCGAGGGAUCACCAACGAGGACUCCAUCAUGAGAGAGAUCAACCUGCUGGCAGCCAUCCUGGAGAGCCCCGAGCUGUGCCUGCGGGACACGUUCAUCAUCGCCGGCUACACCAACCCGGCGGCCGCCAACCGCCACAACGAGAUCUGGUUCCUGCAGCGGCCCUGAGCUCCUGCUCUGCUGCCCCAGCCAGAUCUGGUUCCUGCAGCGGCCCUGAGCUCCUGCUCUGCUGCCCCAACGAGAUCUGGUUCCUGCAGCGGCCCUGAGCUGCUCU